AUGCUGCGGACUUCCAUUCGAUCUGCGCAGUCCCUGCGCAGCCGGACCCUGCUCGCGGCAGCAGCAGCUCCGGCAGCAGCCGGGCGGACGGUCAGCAUCAGCAGCAAGCGAUUGUAUGCCACGGAUCCCAAGGUCACGCCGGCCAUUCAUGCGACGACAACGACGACGGUGCCACCACCACCGGCAGCUACGAUGGCAGCAGCAGCAGCGGUAGCGCCGCGCAAGGGCGGGUUCUUCCGGAAGCUGCGCAACUACGUGCUGACGCUCUCGAUCCUGGGAGCGCUCGGGUUUGGCGGCGGCGUGUGGUGCUCGCGGAUUAACGACAACUUCCACGACUUUUUCACCGAGUACGUGCCGUACGGCGAGCAGGCGGUGCUAUACCUAGAGGAGCUAGAGUUCCAGAAGCGGGUGCCGACGAUGGCGCAACGCCUGGGCGGACAGCAGCCGCGGGACACGGGGUCCAAUGUGCGGGUGCCGGCACAGAGCGGAGCAUCGUGGCGGGUGGCGGAUUCGGAGAGCAGCCGGCAAACGGGCUCGACGGCGGCGGUGGCAGCAGCAGCACCAGCACCAGCAGCAGCGCCAUCGACCAAGGCGGAGGCCCGGGUAAUCUCAGUGAAGCCGGCCAAGGACGAGGACGUGAUUGCGAACGUGCUGGCGAAGCAGGCGGCGAGCAAGACAGCAGCGGCAGCCGAGGCAGCAGUGGUGCGGAGCACGGACAAGGCCAAGGCCAAGAAGACGACGACAUUGGGAUACCGGGCGCCAGAGGUGGACGAGCCAUCGCGGUGGCCGCCGGCAUCGCCAAUCGACCCGCUAGCGGUCCGGGACGCGACGGAGCCGGUGGUGCAGGACAUUGUGCACGUGCUGAACGACAUCAUCACGGUGAUCAAUGCAGAUCGGGCGGCCGAUCGGUACGGGGCAACGAUCGGCAAGGCCAAGGCGGAGGUAGACCGGAUCGGGGGCAAGAUCCAAGCGAUCCGGGCAGGUGCAGAGCAGGCAGCAGCUCAACAGGUGCGGGCGCGGACGGACGGUUUUGAAAAGGCGGCGCGCGAGCUCGUCAGCCGUGUGGAGAGAGCCAUGGUCGCUCAGGAGGCGCAGUGGCGGCAGACGGUGGACGUGGAGCUGGCGCGGGUUCGGGGCAGCUACGAGGAGCGGCUGGCGCUAGCAACAGCGCGCGAGCGACAGCUCAGCGAGGAGCGGCUGCAGAACGAGCUGCUGGAGCAGGCGGUACAGCUGACGGGGCAGUUUGCCGAGGAGCUACGGACGCGGGUCGAGGCCGAGCGGGACGGCCGGCUGGGACGUCUGCGGGCGCUGUCGGACGACGUGGCCGGUCUCGAGCGCCUGACGGCCGGCUGGACGGCCGUGGUCGAUGCUAGCGAGCGGGCGCAGCAGCUGCACGUCGCCGUCGACGCCGUCCGGGCCCGUCUUUCUGAUGAGUCAGCAACCAAAGCCACAACGGAGCCGUUUGUGCGCGAGCUCGUGGCCGUCAAGGAGAUUGCCGGCGGCGACGCCGCGGUGGAUGCGGCCAUUGCGUCGAUCCCGCCGGCCGCAUACCAGCGUGGCAUUCCGUCGGCGCCGGCCAUCAUCGACCGGUUCCGUCGUGUCGCUGCCGAGGUCCGCAAGGCCGCCCUCCUGCCCGAGGACGCCGGCGUGGCCAGCCACGCGUCCAGCUACAUCCUCAGCAAGGUGCUCUUCAAGCGGCAGCCAGCCGUGGCGCCGCAGCCUGUGCCGUCCGCCACGACGGCGGCCGGUGGCGGUACCCCCACCGCCGACGACGUCGAGGGCAUCCUCGCCCGCACCCAGGCGCUGCUCGAGGAGGGCAACCUCGACGGGGCGGCGCGCGAGGUCAACGGGCUCCAGGGCUGGGCCAAGACGCUCAGCCGCGACUGGCUGGCCGAGGUGCGCAAGGUGCUGGAGGUGCAGCAGGCCGUCGAUGUCAUCUCUGCCGAGGCGCGGCUGCGCAGUCUCCAGCUCGAAAAGAGCCAUGCAAAGUAA